CCGGCUUUAUCGCAUCACCACAAAAGUCAAAAUUUUGUCAAAUUUAUUUCAUUCGGCUCUCAUCAAAAUGUCCAGUGUUCCAAAAAAUUGCAAAACACAAAAAAAAUCGGCACCUCGUUUGAGUCAACGGAAAAAUCAGGAACGCGGAAGUGGGGAGAAAUUUUUACAGAGAAAAGUUUUCACGAAAAGUUCAAGACCUCCGAUUACCAAUCAGUACAGAAUUGUUAAUGUUCCAUGUAAAAUACCAUCGGCCUUUAACGUACCGAAAAAAGAAACGAAGAAAGAAGCGAAAAGUGAUUGGGAAAUUAAACUUCAAAAAUUUAGAGAAAAACAACAACAAAUUAAGGAAAAGUACUCUCCGAAAAUGAAGGAGAUUUACGUUAAUCCAAAUAAGUCGAAAAUGUAUAAGCAAAAAGAGUCGAUAAAUAAUUUCCACAAAGCGCAUAUACCAGAAUUUGGAACGGAAACUACCAAAACUAAUGAUGUAGUAGAUGACAAAUCAGAACCAAUUCAAUUCCAGGAAAAAGUGCACAUUAAGCAGGAACCGAUCAAAAUUCAGGAAAAUGUCAAUUCUUUAAUCACUCAGGUCACUUUUGAACAGGAGGCGCCAAAAUUGACACCAGAAGUUAAAGCAAAAGCAAAUGAAUUAAUAACAGAAGCUCACCGGAUGAUUUGGUACUGGCUCUUCCACGGUCUAUUCCCUCCUUCAAUUGCGGCAAAACAUAAAUAAAUAAACCUAACUAAGCACGAAA